AUGACAGCAUGGGGUAUUUGGACGAACCAGAAUGAGGUGCGCCAUGGGAAGAGUAGAAAACCUACUUCUGUUCUUGCUCAGUGGACAAAAGAAUACUUGGAGAACUACGUGAUGGCUAACCACUCUACUCGGCCAUACAAAGAAUUAGUGGAAGCAACGUGGCAGCCUCCCAAGCCUCCGUGGUAUAAAGCCAGCAUGGAUGGUGCAGUAUUUUCUCAGCAAAAGGAAACCGGAAUUGGGGUUGUAAUUAGGGACCAUCACGGGGCUGUGGUGGCAACACUAAGCAAGAAACUAAAAGCUUCGUUGGGUGCUAUUGAGGUGGAGGCAAAAGCAAUGGAGGAAGCAGUCAACUUCACAUGGGAUAUGGGGAUCCGAGAUUGCCUAUUCGAAAGUGACUCCCUCACUGUGGUGAACGCCAUGUUGUGCCUUAUAGACCCUCCCUCAUCUAUUGCUAAUAUUAUUGCUGGGUCUUUGUCCCAGCUUUAUGAGCUUCGAGAUGUCAACUUUAGUCAUGUGGUUCGGUCAGGGAAUAAGGUUGCACACACGUUAGCUCAAUUUGCAAAAGGUGAGGAAACUCCAGGUUGUAUUGAGCAACUGAUGUCCCAGUAUGUACUGUUUUUAUCUUAG